GCCCUCUUUGGUGGUCAGCGCUCAGCUCCCCCACGACCAAACGCGCGUGACCACAGAUCGUUGUUGCUUCUACGGGUGACUAUAAAGUCCAAACAUGUUUCUGUUUGCCAUCAAGAGGCGAUUUUACUACCGGGUUGUUUUCGUUCUUACCGCAGCCGCAGAGCGCGCAUCAGGUGUUUUUUCUCAGGUAGUGUGACCGACCGUCGCUAUUUUAAUUUAUUGUUUAUCCAAAAAUGACGGAUGAGGAAAUAACGGUUUUACCGGUGGGGCAGGAGAUUGAGAGAUUCGGAUGUAACCUGCUCGACAAUAAAAAGCUGACCCGCCUAUACUGCAUGAAUGGCGGACAUCAUCUGCAGAUUCUCCCGGAUGGGACAGUGGGAGGCAAGAGGGACGAGAAUGACAUUCACAGUAAAACCAGAAAUACUAGAAUAUUUCAGUGGAUUUUGUGUUCUCAAAUUAAAAAAGAAUACAAUGUAAAUAAUACAAAAAUCUAUGUUAUUAAUUCGGCUACUAUUUCGUUUAUUGAAUUGUUCAUCUAAUCAAGACGUUUGUAUUUAUCUGAAUAAUUAACUUUAUAUUGAACUGUAAUACAUUUAUGUUGAUGCAUGCUCUAAUAGUUUGCAAAAGUUCACAAUGGACCUAAAAUAAUGGUUAUUUCCAGGCUCAUAAACUUCGGUACAGAUAAUCAUUAGUCUCCCACACUGUAAUAAUGGCCCAUAAUCAUUUUAUGGCUCAGGCUCAAUAAUAAGGACAGUGGGUGUGAAUUACUGAAAGCCUAUCUCUAUCAUGAUAGGAAUGUGUGGGAUAUAUUUAGACUGCAACAACACAGUUGUGUUAGUUUGCCAUCUUGUGUGUGUGGGGGUGGGGGGGUCUGUCUGUCUGUGUCAAUCUGAUGUUGCCUUCUGCCCUGUCCUUGCCUUAGCGGUCCUGAGGGUGAAAUCUGUGGACCAUGGUGUGGUUGUCAUCCAGGGGACAGAGGCAGGACUCUACUUGGCCAUGAGCAGUGAAGGAAAGCUACACAGUUCAGUGAGUAUUAAACUGCCUGUAUGACUGUUCUUAUGGUGAGCCCUUCACCCUCCCUAACUAACCUACACACAAAAGUCACAGAAACAGUGCUGUUUAACAUUGGUGUCAACACAUUCAUUUAGGAUAGUGAUAGGAGACAUUUACAAGUAUUAUUAUCCUUCAAAUAAUUAUUUUACAUCACUCAAACAUUUUAAAAAUGUUUUCCUUCUUUGCAUUCCAACUGUUAGUUACGUGAACCUUACCAAUCUGUUUUGGACUACCUAUAGCCUUUGACCACCUCCAGAACCUUACCCAUCUGUUUUGGACUACCUAUAGCCUUUGACCACCCCCAGAACCUUACCCAUCUGUUUUGGACUACCUAUAGCCUUUGACCACCUCCAGAACCUUACCCAUCUGUUUUGGACUACCUAUAGCCUUUGACCACCCCCAGAACCUUACCAAUCUGUUUUGGACUAUGUAUAGCCUUUGACCACCCCCAGAACCUUACCAAUCUGUUUUGGACUAUGUAUAGCCUUUGACCACCCCCAGGUAAUCUAAUCAAUGACCAGCGUAGGUUUGUGAUGAUUAAGUAUUCCGACUAUCUGUGUUUCUGUCUCUCCCAUGUAGUCGACAGUAACGGAUCAGUGUUAUUUCCUGGAGAAGAUAGAGGUGAACCAUUACAACACGUAUCAGGCCCAGAAGUGCCAGGACAGGAGCUGGUACGUGGGACUGAAGAAGAAUGGAAAACCAAAACUAGGCUCUAGAACCCACAUAGGGCAGAAGGCCAUCUUCUUCUUGCCCCGGCGGUUGGAGGGCACAGGGGAGUGAAGGGUGUAAGUCCAGGGGUGCGUCUGAAAUGGCGAAAUGUAGAGCACUAUAUUGGGAAUAGGGUGCCAUUUUAGACGCAUCCAUU